AUGGACGGCGUCGGCGGCAGCGUUGUGAAUGCGGCAUCAGGAGCCAACAGCAGCAAUAGUAAGAACAACAGCAGCAAUAAUAGCAGCAGCGGCAGAGACGACACAACAGCGACAGCAGAGACGGCCAACGCACCGACUGCAGACGGAGUAACGACGACAGACGACGCAAACGACACAGCGACACCCCCGACCCUCCCAGACACAUACACCUUCGACGCCUCCGACCUCUUCGACCUCUCGCCCGUGCCCACCCUCGUCGUCUCGCCCUCGUUCCGCAUCCUGCGAGUCUCCAAAGGCGUCAUCGACGCGUGGAAGUGCGCCCCCGACGACUUCCUGGGCAGGGACCUCUUCGCCACGCUGUACGGCGGCUCGCCGCUCGAGCGCUUCGACCGCAUCCCGCUGGCCGCCGCCAUCGAGGUCGCCGUGGCCUCGCGCAAGUUCCACCUGUGUCACGCCGCCUACUCGGCCCAGGGCACCUCGUACUCGGCCCGCAUCAUCCCCAUCUUCCGCGGCGACCAGCUGCUGUCUCUGGUGCUGGAGUGGGACGAGGUCGAGCCCACGACGGCUGAGGCCCGCGGCGAGGUCAUCCAGCACGCACUGUCCGUCGACGAGGUCUUUCGCCUGCUGAUUCAGACGGUCAAGGACUACGCCAUCUUCCUGCUCGACACGCGCGGCUACGUCGCCACCUGGAACACGGGCGCCGAGCUGCUCAAGGGCUACAAGAAGGAGGACAUCAUCGGCCGUCACUUCUCCAACUUCUACGGCCAGGAGGACCUCGUUGCGGCCAAACCCGAGAACGAGCUCAUCACCUGCCUGCGCGAGGGCCGCGUGCAGGACGAGGGCUGGCGCUAUCGCAAGGACGGCAGCCGCUUCUGGGCCAACGUCACCAUCACCGCCAUCUACCGCAACGGCGUCCACGUCGGCUUUGGUAAGGUGACGCGUGAUCUGACGGAGCGCAGAGAGGCCGAGCUGCGGCUGGUGGCGGCGUACGAGGAGAGCGCCAAGCUCAAGAACGACUUCCUGGCCAACAUGAGCCACGAGAUCCGCACCCCCAUGCACGGCAUGCUGUCCGCCUGCACCCUGCUGCUCGACACGGCCCUGACCGACGACCAGCGCGACACGGCCAACAUCAUCUCCGAGUCGGGCCAGGUGCUGCUGCAGGUCAUCAACGGCAUCCUCGACUACUCCAAGCUGGCGUCGGGCAACUUCUCCGUCAACACGGACUUGGUCGGCGUCGCCAGCAUCAUCACGUCUGUCGUGCGCAAUGUCCAGAUGACGCUGCUGCCGGGCGUCUACAUCAAGCUCCUCCUGUCGCCGGAUCUGCCCAAGUCCGCCCAGGGCGAUCCGCUUCGCUUCCGGCAGAUCUUCCAGAACAUCAUCGACAACGCCGUCAAGUUUACCGAGGCGGGCUCGGUGCAGGUUGCUGCAAAAGUGACGGCUGAGGACGAGACGUACUACACGAUACUGACAGAGGUCACCGACAGCGGCAUCGGCGUGCCAGAGGAUGCUGUGCAGAACCUCUUCAAGCCCUUUACCCAGCUCGAGAAGCCCACCAAGAAGCGAUACCAGGGAACUGGCCUGGGGCUGUCUAUAGCCAAGUCUCUGGCCGAACUGCUCGGUGGCCAGAUGGGCUACCGACCGAAUCAGGAGCGCCACGGCAGCGUCUUCUGGUUUACUGUCAAGCUCAAGAAGAUUCCCCGUCCCAACCAGCCCGGUGCUCCGGGGUCCAAGCUGGAGCACGAGAAUGAAAAGUCCCGCCAGGAAGCAGAGAAGGAAAUGAUGAUGAAGCGAAUCAAGGAACUGGCGCCACGAAAGCGAAUUCUCGCAGCCGAGGACAAUCUUGUCAACCAGAAAGUGCUGGCCCGCGUCCUGAAGUCUCUUGGCUUCCAGAACACCACCAUUGCCGCCAACGGAGCAGAGGCCGUCUCGACAUUGAAAGCUUCCCCCAACACCUACGACUUAGUCCUGAUGGAUAUUAGUAUGCCCGUCAUGGACGGUUUUGAGGCGACGAGGAAGAUUCGGACACAUGGCAUCCCCAUACCAAUCAUUGCCAUGACUGCGUAUGCCCUGAGGGGCGACAGCGAGACUUGCUUAGAAAAGGGGAUGGACGAUUACAUCUCCAAGCCGGUCAAUAUCAACAAGCUAUUACAAAAGCUGCUCACAUGGUUAGACUCGCCCGAGUGGGCCAACGGCGUCAACGGGCCAUCUUGA